CUCCUUCUCUCUCGUACUCUUAUCCAUCUCUUUUCAGAGUUUCUUCGCUCGGACGCACGACCUUGACGACGGCACCGACGCUCUUUGGACUAAUCGGAUCAUCUCGUCGACGGAGGGAUUUCUGGUUUUGAAUCUGUAUUUAAUUGGGUUCUCAUUUUUAUAUAAUCUCGUGCUGCCAUGGCUUCCGAAUCUCCUAGUCUUUCCAAUUCCUCAGCUUCCAGCGACUCCAUGCCCUGAGAAAUCUGAAUAGUUUAACUUAUCAAUUUCACUGCUUCUGCUGAUGUCCGAUUCCCGAGGCAUUAAUGGAGGAUUAGUAUUCUGUAUGCAAGGUUUCAAGAUUUUAUAGCUCCUAGGGUUCUCUACUUUCUUCGAAAUUUCCUAAUUGCUGUUUCUAUUAGGAGGAGGGAUUAGGGUUAGGGUUUUUGGCCGGAGGUUGCCGGAGGUGAAGAUCGAGGAUUGUCCACGGUUUUGGGGUUACUUCCGUUGGAUUCUCGACGUGGAGCAUAGGCGGCGUGGGUUUUGGGGAUAAUGUGUAUACUGUGCGUGAUUCAGAAGUGGUCUCGCCGGGUCGCUACGAUGCUUCCUUGGUUAGUUAUUCCGCUGAUAGGACUGUGGGCGCUCUCUCAGCUAUUGCCGCCUGCAUUUAGAUUUGAGAUUACAACACCCAGGCUCGCUUGUGUUUUUGUGCUUUUGGUUACCCUCUUUUGGUAUGAGAUUUUAAUGCCUCAGCUGUCAGCUUGGCGUGUGCGCAGAAAUGCCCGGCUUAGGGAGAGGAAGAGAUUUGAAGCGAUUGAAAUGCAGAAGCUCAGGAAAACGGCAACAAAACGAUGUCGGAACUGCUUGACUCCAUACAAGGAUCAAAAUCCUGCCGGUGGUCGGUUUAUGUGCUCGUGCUGUGGUCAUAUUUCAAAAAGACCAGUUCUAGACUUGCCCAUACCACCUGGGUUUUCAAAUUCUGGUAUUAUUAAGGAACUUGUUGGAAAGAGUGGGAAAAUAUUGAACCAGAAGGUGUGGCCGGAUAAUGGGUGGAUGUCUGGCCAAGAUUGGUUGGAGAGUGGCAAUUGGGUUGGAAAGUCUGUUGCCGGAAAAUCUAGUUAUUGGAGACGGAACGGCAGCAGUCUUUGUGGAGGAGAUGAGCAUUGUUUGACGGAGAAGUCUUAUUCAGGUAUUAUGUUUUUCUGCUGUAACCUUUUUACAUCUUCUUUCUUUAGCGUUAGAUGGCUUUGCAGAAAACUGUUUAGGAUAAGUUCAUCAAGAGAAGACAGUUUAUCUGAUUCUGAGCAUAGGGGGAUAUUGGCUAAGAUGGGCGAGAAUGGGGGCAGCUUCCAGGAGAGUAGGGUCGAAAAAGCCCGCAGAAAAGCUGAAGAGAAAAGACAGGCUAGAUUAGAGAAAGAAUUAUUGGAGGAGGAAGAGAGGAAACAGAGGGAGGAGGUUGCAAGAUUGGUGGAGGAACGCAGGAAAUUGAGGGACGAGAAAAAGGGUGCGGAAAAGGAUCGUGACAGAACAUCACAACUUUUCAGAGAGAAGGAUGGGAAAAAGGAGGCUGAAAAGAAACGGCAGGAGAGAAGAAAAGAGAAGGACAAAAAUUCAAGUAAGAGUAAUUCUGAUGCAGAAGAGUUGGAGAGGAGAACUGGUAAAGAAAGUGAAAGGAAGCGGGAUCAGGACAAAAAGGGUGAGAUUGAUCGUCGUGAGAGUCAAAAACUUGGGCCAGAAAGUGCUAAAGGCCAGAGCACAAUGUGUCAUAGUGUAAAGAGUAUCCCUGGAAAUAAUUUUGGCCGAGGGUAUGCUGGUUCCAGGUAUCUUGAUUGUAUGCGGGGAACCUUUUUGUCUUCUUCUAAAGCAUUUGGUGGUAGUAGUUUGUUUGGAAAGGUUUAUAAUGCCCCGGCUUCUGUUGUUAAAGAAAAAUCUAACAAUUCUGUUGAUCAUGUAAAUACGUCUGUUUCUACAAGAGAAAUGUGUCCAUCUGAGCGUGUGAUUGGGAAAUCUGCUUUGAAUGGAGAUGAUAAGAACAUCAAUCAUCUAGUAUUCACUGAAUCACCAGCUGUUGUAGCACCUAAGAAAUCUUGGCAACAGCUAUUUACCCGUUCGCCAUCUGUCCCUUCAUCCACUAGUGCCAAUGUCAUAAGUAGGCCGGUAGUGAAGCCCUUGCCCGAUAUUAGCAAUCCACAAUUGUCUGGACAAGUUAUUGGUCCACAGUUAUCUGGGCAAGUUCAUGGACCACAGUUACCUGGGCAAUUAUCAUCGACACAAACAUAUGAUAAUCCUAUUAAUUUUGGUCUGCCAUCACCUUUUACUAUACCUAUAUAUCCUAAGGCCCCCACAUGUAGUAGUUUAGGUUUUUCACCUGUAAUUGAACCUCAAUUUCCUCAUGUUGCUGAAGGGACCCACGAGUGCAUGCCUGAGGAACCGGAGCUUUUUGAAGAUCCUUGUUACAUACCUGAUGUAGUGUCCUUGUUGGGUCCUGUAUCGGAGUCGCUUGAUGAUUUUCGGUUAGAUGUAGGCACUGGCUUUGUAUCAGAAAUUGGAAUGGAAAGACCACGGACUCUAAAGACUGCUUCUUCUGAAAUUAACAAACCAUCUCCAAUUGAGUCACCUUUAUCACGGGAAAAGCAUAAUUGUUCUAAUCAAUUCCCCAGCACCCCCAAGGCUUUGGAUCUGAAAGGCUCUCCUAAGGACGAAAUGAAUGGAAGUGAGAUGGGAACAUGGCAAAUGUGGAACAGUUCUCCCUUUGGCCAGGAUGGUUUAGGCUUAGUAGGCGGCCCGGCUAGUUGGAUUCUUCCUGCUGAAUCUAAUAGAUUAACCAAGGACGAUUUUUUCCAGCCCCCUCCUCAGAAAACCAUUCCACCGGCAUUCAUUAAAGAGGAUCAGGUCUUGUCUGGCACACUUUCUUCUCAGAAUGUUUUUCUUGGUAAUGGGCAAAGUGUUGGAACAUUUAACCCUGUUAUGGGCAGUGAUCACGAUCCGUGGUUAAAGAAGCCUUUCUAUCCGCCAAUAUCUAGAAGUGAAAACAACUUCACUGUUAAGCCUCAGGAUGAAACUGUUCAGAAUGAAAUGAUGUAUGGUAGUCCCAGCAGAUCAUCCACUAUCCAUCCGUUUGAGCUGCCUGCGACUAGUUGUUGGCCAAUAGAAUGGGAUGCACAAGGCGCAGGGAUGGGAGUCGGAAAGGCAUCGGUUGUGAAGCCUCCGCCUGUGGGGGGUCUAUUUCCCACACCAGAUGUACAGUCACUGUGGUCUUUUGAUAUGAAAACGGGAAACUAACACUAUAUAAAAGGGUCUUAUUAAAAAAAAAAAAAAUCUUCUGUUCUCCAGAGGCAAAUAGUCUCCGGGGAUAUAUGGAGAGUUUAGAAGAAUACUGGAAUCCAAUGUCUCCUGUUGUAAGGGAGAUUGAUGUUUACUUAGAAGUAGCACGGAUAGGAAUACACGUGGCAUGCAUUUAUUUGUGCAUCAGGUAACCGUUAGGGGUCAUCAUCCAAUAUAAUCCAUCAUAUUUGAAAGUUUCUAUAACGGUAACACUGGCAAGAGAUAGAGAGGAGGGGGGCAUUUUGAAGAAAAACAAAAAUGUAGCCUAUUCCUGUU